UGACGUAUAACAUGUUGCUGGAGUACGGGUUGUGUUUCCAAUUUUGUUGUUAUAUAUCGGACUGUUUUGACAAUCUACUCAUUUAAUUGACGGUUAUUGAACAGUUUAGUGUUUUCGUGAAAUGGUUACAAAUAUUUUUAAUAAACGCGAUAAAUAUCAAAACCAAAUUAACUGUGCAACGAAUGCUAAUUACAAAUAUAAUUCAUGUGUAAAUGUAUAGUCCGUGGUGAUCGUGUAUCAACGAAGUGGUAUUCUUUAAAAAGGAAAAUGCACUGUUGUGUUUUAUAAAUACAUUACAAAGCGCUAAAAAAGUAAAGAUUAAUUACUGUUGUGAUAAUUUCAAACUCUACCCGGUUAUGACAUUUACAACAAUGCUAAUUUCAGUAGCAGAAUUUUCUAACAUCUUUUCAGUCUUGGCUGUCCUUCUCUGUUUUUGUGCCAUGAUACUAUUUAUUACAAGAAACAUGAUGGUUUUACGAGUACAUGGUGAGGACUUAGUUUUUCCAAACUCUUUACAUCAAGUUACCCCAAGAAUACCACAAAUGAACAUGAUGAAAGUUCAUAUACCUUAUACUUUUAAAUUAAUUGAAACUUCUAAGUCUUCAUAUUCUGGAGUGCUAUGCUUGAUUUCCAGUCAAGUCCGAUAUAAAAUGCUGGUGUAUUGGGGUGUGAAUAUAAGAGAGUUGCACAUUAACUUAUGGAGACCGUGGACCACAUUAAGAGAGGAACUCUCCAAAAACGUUUUUUUAAACGGACAUUAUCAACAAGUGGGCUUUUCUUCCACAAGAGACCCACAUGCGGAUGAGGUACUUACUUUAAGCCUACCAGAUACACAAUUAGACCUAGGUACACCGCCGCGUCUUUGCUAUCCCCUGGUAAUCUUUUUAAUUAGAGUUGAAGACUCCGGAGCCAUACAUCCCGAUGAAACGGUGUCAUUAAUUAAUGUCGUCCAUAUCAGAGAUUCUGUUUGCACCCUGCCCACCAGUGUUUUAGCUCAGUAUCUGAAACAGGCCAACGGACAGUUGUCUUGCCUAAAGCAACUGUACUUAGCUACAGGCAAUCCAGGCAAUUACGAAGAUAGUCAAAUACCAUUAGCGGUAGCAGAGCCUGUAGGGGGCGGGCAUCCAGAUGCUAUGGGACGAACGCUGCUUUGUCCCACGAGAGACGACACAGCCAUUUGGAAUACAAGUGGUGAACAAUUGUGCGUUGUUUGUCAGUAUUUCCCCCUUUCAAGGGCCCUAUUACCCUGCAGACAUACAUGCAUUUGUGCAAGCUGUUUCGACAGAUUAGAUCGUUGUCCAAUGUGCAGGGGGCCCAUAAAAAGUUACUUCUGCAUCCGGGGUGAAGAAUACAUGCCCAUAGAGGCGGAAAUAAAAAACGGUACCCAAGAUCCCGUCCAUGGACCUUUGUAUAAUUGGCUGGACAGUUGGAACGACCGUCUGAUAGACUUCCUUGGCUUUCAAAGGUAAUGUUCAACAUCUUGACGUGUUUUGAUUUUUUUUGUUUAUAAAUUUCCUCGUUCCUUUUA